CCGACCUGGACAAGACGGGGGAGAAGGGUCAUGUGAUUUCCUGUCGGGGAGGCAGACUGGAAGCACUGGAUGGUUGGGAGGUGAAGGAGCAGGAAGGCAGACGCAGGCUCGCCGUUCUAUUUUAAGCAACAAAGGACGAGCUUCUUCCUGUGUUCUUUUGCUUUGUACACCUGCGUAAAUCCCCAAGCCUCCUACCAACCAGGAAGUGGCCAACGUGUUGAGUACAAUGGAUACAUGUGUGUGUGUGCGUCAGCCAACUAAAUAUGGUGUGCGAUUACUGAGUUUCUGAAGAUCCACAGCACAACAACUCAUCGAAUGAGCAAAGCAUUAGCGCCUUCACUGCCAUUCGAUUGGGGGAGUCCAAAACGCAUCAGAAAAAUGUUGCUGCUUGUCUCAUCCUGCUCACGCAACCAGGAAGGCUUUCUUCAAUGGAUUGAAUAGUUCCUACCUUUGGCUCGGUGGACAUGCCCCCCCUAGUGGCUAUGAGCGGCAUAAGCGAUGACGUCAAUGUAAUGUGAUUCAGUGAUUGGACGCUUGCAUUGCAAUCUAUUGAUUGAUUGAUUUUCUGUUCUUAUCCUAGGUCACGGAUGAGCUGGAGGUUCUUGAAAGGCGUAGAUGCAUAAAGUUGCAUUAACAAAUUAUGAAACUUCAAUUCAUCUAACUUGCAUGUUUUUGAAUGUCGAAGGCCGGCGCUGAGAUUCGAACCCCAUGACCUCAGACUUGUGAGGCAGACGUGUUCCCCACUACCGCACCGUGCUGAAAGAUGUGAUCUGAAUACCUCCGACACCGCAACUUUGUUCCUGAACUCUUGGAUUUGACACACUUGGCAGAAAUACUGCCCCACUUGUUUCCACUUGCCAGCCACUCAAACAAGUGGAGCAGUGUAGCCUUCUUUCAACCCGAAUGUUUCGGGUUCGACACCCCGGUAUGUCACAUCCGACAGCAGUGACCGACAUUAUAAUUAGUUAGCGCAAUCGGCUAAAGGGAGAAAAUCCGGUUGGGUCUGUGUGACGUCACACGCUGAGCAAAGAGGGAGCGCGCCCACGACUGUUGUCAACUUGUCAUGGAGCCCCCAAAGAAGCUGAUCAACUCUACAGAGGACUGCGUUGAUGAGGCUCUCUGCGGCCUCGUCCGGGCCUCCAGCGGGCUGUCUCUGCUGCGGGGCCACCGAGUCGUGCUGCGCUCAGACCUGGACCAAAUGAGUGGCAAAGUGGCGCUUUUGUCAGGAGGAGGAUCCGGACACGAGCCUGCACACGGGGGUUACGUGGGUGCUGGUAUGCUGUCGGCGGCAGUCGCGGGGGGCGUCUUUGCAUCUCCACCUCCUGCCAGCAUCUUGGCUGCCAUACUUUGCCUACACGGUGCAGGAGCAUCUGGGGUCCUUCUCAUCGUAAAGAACUACACGGGAGACCGCCUCAACUUUGGGCUGGCCGCAGAGCAGGCCCGCAACCACGGGGUGGAUGUUGAAAUGGUGGUCGUCGCUGACGACUGCGCUUUCACCUGCCCCAGUAAGGCCGGGAAGCGGGGCUUGUGUGGCACUAUUCUCAUUCACAAGCUGGCAGGCGCCUUAGCGGACGAAGGCUGCUCAUUGGUCCAUAUCGUUGCCAAGGUGACGGAGGUUUUGCAAGGCAUAGGUACGCUGGGAGUCAGCUUGUCUCCGUGCAGCGUUCCGGGCUGUCGGCCAUCUUUUGAGCUUCCUCCAGGUGACAUGGAGCUCGGCCUGGGAAUCCACGGGGAGCCUGGGGUCAGAAGAUCAAAGGUAGCGACAGCAGACGAAGUGGUGUCAGCCAUGAUUGAUCACAUGACCAACGCGGCGAGUCAGUCGUGCUUGCACCUGCAGACUGGUGACGUGCUCGUUGUCUGCGUGAACAAUCUCGGGGCGCUGUCACGUCUGGAGAUGGCCGUGGUGACUCGUGCCGCCAUCCUCUGUCUGGAAAAUCGUGGGAUGGUGGUCGCCAGGGUGAUGGCCGGGUCUUUCAUGACCUCACUGGAGAUGGCUGGAAUGUCGCUGACCUUGAUGAGGGCCAAUCCUGAAAUACUUAAACUCUUUGAUGCCAAGACUAGCGCCCCCGCCUGGCCGAACUUAAGCGGCGGUUGUGCCAGUGGCCGCAGCUACCUCACAGCCCCGACCCCGAUGUCUACAGGAGGGCCCCAAGAUGUGCUGCUCGAAGGACCCCAAAGUCCUGUGAUGCGCAAGGUGCUGGAGAGGGUGUGUUCUACACUUUUGGAAUACCAGGAAGAGCUCAACGCAUUGGACCGUGCUUCUGGGGACGGCGACUGUGGGAAUACUCAUGCGCAGGCGGCCAAAGCCAUUCAGGUGUGGCUCCAGAGUCACGUGGUCCCCGGUUGCCCCGGGCAACUGUUGUCUGCCCUUGCUGGAUUGGUCCAGGAGAAAAUGGGCGGGUCUUCAGGCGCAUUGUACAGUUUGUUCCUCACGGCAGCGAGCGGUCACUUGACCGGGGGGCGGAGUCACGCUGCAGCAUGGGCCAAUGCAGUGCAUGCAGGGAUGCAGGCCAUGAGAAGAUAUGGCGGUGCUGAUUUGGGAGACAGAACCAUGUUAGACGCUCUGUGCCCCGCCGUAGACGAGCUGAUGAAAGCCAACAGCACGCCCCCCGGUGGAGGGAUGGCCGCGCUGAAAGCAGCUGCUCAGAGAGCAGCCGACGGCGCCGAAUCGACUCGCAGCCUCGCGGCCAAGGCGGGCAGAGCCAGCUACAUCGCAGCCGAGCGCCUCACCCUGCCUGACCCCGGAGCCAAGGCCGUCGCCGCCAUUUUGAGCGCCGUGGUGGAGGCCCUCGAAGAGCCGUAGUGGUAGAAACGCAUCAUCACGACUGUAUGACAAGUUCAUCGUGCACAAAACCUAGACCCAUUCCGCAAGAAAUAAAGUGUAGAAUAAAUGGAUGCAUUUCAUUUGUAAA